GGGUGAUAUGGUAUCGUUUAAGUCGAUCGAUAGUGUUGUUGAUGAAGACGAAGCUGUACAAUACCCAACAGAAUUUUUAAACUCUCUGGAUAUACCAGGAAUGCCACCACACAAUCUACAGUUAAAAAUUGGAUCACCGAUUAUUUUAUUACGUAAUUUGAAUCCACCCAGACUAUGCAAUGGUACACGUUUGGUCAUCAAAAAAAUUACCGGAAAUAUUAUUGAAGCAACCAUUUUAACAGGAAGAUUUAAAGGGGAAAUUGUUCUAUUGCCACGUAUCCCAAUGAUUCCGUCAGAUACCACAUUACCAUUCAAAAGGCUUCAAUUUCCUGUUCGAUUAGCAUACGCAAUAACCAUUAACAAGUCUCAAGGCCAGACAAUGUCCGUUUGCGGUUUAGAUUUAGAAAAUCCAUGCUUCUCCCACGGUCAACUUUAUGUUGCAUGUUCACGGGUUGGUAAACCGUCAAAUUUGUUUAUAUUAACUAAAAACAAAUUAACUAAAAAUAUUGUACACCAAAUAGUACUCAAUUAAAUAUUAUUAUCUAUAUAACUGUUUGGAAAAAAAAAACAACCUUUAAUACUAAUUCAUUUUUUAAAAAUGUUCGAGUUUCAGUUAAAUAAACAAUAAUAUCAACAAACAUUUUUUUGGUCGUUCAUCAUUGAAAAAUUGUGUUCAAUGAUUAUCUCCGAUAACUCAGAUUCAAAAAUUUUAUAAGUAUUUGCAUGGUUAUGCUACAUAUUUGAAAAUAAUAUAUUAAUAUAAUAUUAUAUAAUAAUAUAUUAUAUUAAUCAAGCCACACCCAAACGUGGCCGGGUCAGCUAUUUAUGUAUAAAACAAUUUAAACGGCAAAACAACGUUUGCCGGGACAGCUAGUU